CAUUUCCAUACUUCAUUGCGGUGUUAACUUAGUGAUACAAUUACUACAGCAGAGAUUUACAGACUUGGCAAAACCGUCCAAAUGUUUUACGCAAGUGAAAAAUACGUCAAUGAAUAUUGUCAACCAGCUAUGGAUAAUUCCCAGUGCUCCAAGAGUUUCCCGUUUUUAACUUUGGUGGAAGGACAUUCUCUGGAAUUAAAUUAAUACCGGAAAAGGCCUAAUGCGCAAAUAUACCAAUUUCCAGCGAACCGUUUAUGAUCACCGGCAGAGCUGCACGGCCAUUGUUGUCAGAGAGCUGCCCAUCUUACACAACUGCUGCUGCUGGCACCCAAUCAACCAGAGGAGUCGCCUUUGUGCCAUGAUGCUGAGAAUUGCCAACUGAGGCCCUCACCUUCUAGGCGAUGGAACAGACAGGUUUAGAUUUCAGAAAAUCAGGAUGAGAUUACUUUAUAAACCGGAUUGAAGGAGGAGAGUGGGAUUCUCUGGAAGUUUUCACGAGUUGAAGACUGUUCACCAUAAGUAGCGACAAUGCCGGUUAUUAAUGUAGAUGACUUGACGGACAAAGACAAAGCAAAAAUGGAAGUAGAUCAGCUGAAAAUUGAAGUGAAGCUUGAGAGAGCGUUGGUAUCUAAAUGCUGUGAAGAGAUGAGAGAUUACAUUCAGAGUGGAGCGGAUGAGGAUCCUCUCGUCAAAGGCAUUCCAGAGGAGAAAAAUCCAUUCAAAGAGAAAGGUGGAUGUGUCAUUUGCUAACGUGGACCGAGGAUUCGUCUUCUUUUCCUCAGUACGGGCAAUUGUAGAACCCUUGGACAACAGCUAGUAUUGAAUCCCAGCCGAAAUGCAGUCUGUUGAUUGAAAGGAUGGAUGGAAAAUUGCUUUUCCCACCUUGUAACAGAUCCCCCUUUUUCAAAUGGCAUUGUACUUCCUCUGUGAUGUCACACAAUAAAUCAGAAAUUUAGUGCGA